AUGAUUUCUCGGCAGAAAACUCUCAAUGUCGGUGUCGUAGGUAUCGGCCGCAUGGGUCAGCGCCAUGCCAUGAACAUCCAGCGUCUAGUACCCAGGGCCAAUCUUCUCUGCGCCUGUUCACCAGCAGAGGUGGACCUUGCAUGGGCCAGGGAGCAUUUGAUACCACAUGGAGUCAAGGUAUUUUCCAGCUUCGAGGAAAUGAUUGAGACACCAGGUCUUGAAGCCGUCAUCGUUGCUUCAUCCACCGAGCUGCACAUGCAGCAUACGUUGGCAGCGCUUGAUCGAGGUAUUCACGUGCUUUGCGAGAAGCCUGUUUGCAGGUCCAUUUCUGAGUUGAACGCUCUUUGCGAACGCGUCGAUGCCAAUCCCAAGACGAAAGUAAUGGUCGCUUUCUGUCGAAGAUUUGAUGAAAGUUACCAAGAUGCAUAUGAAAAGGUCCAGGCUGGUGUUAUCGGAAAGCCAUUCAUAUUCAGGUCUCACGGGUGUGAGAAGCUUGACGACAGUCCAUUCUUUCGACAAUACUUAAGGAAUUCGGGUGGCAUCUAUUUCGAUUCAGCGAUCCAUGAUAUCGAUCUCUCGCUAAUGUUCCUUGGCGAAAACUCGACUCCCAAGUCAGUAUCAGCUACGGGUACGACAUCUUUCUUCACCCAGCUUGCCGAAGCUGGCGAUGCAGACAAUGCUGUUGGUGUGUGCGAAUUCUGGGACGGCAAGAUCGCGCACUUUUACCACUCCAGGACCUUCGCCCAUGGGUACGACAAUGCGACUGAGAUCAUCGGUACAUCAGGGAAAUUGUCGAUCAAUAUGACCCCAAGGCGCAACCGUGUUGAGAUUUGCGACUCGGCUGGGGUUAAAACUGAGCCAACGCCGUCGUGGUAUGACCGAUAUAUCUCAGCCUUCGUUAUUGAGGCCAACGCGUGGGUGGAGGCUAUUCUUGAUGAAAAGCCCAUGCCCAUUCCGUUAAGGUCUGUGGUGACGUCCCUUGUUAUUGCAGAAGCACUUCAGGAGAGUUUAAAGACGGGUCAGCGAAUUGAGUUUACGAGGGAAGGCCAGCGAAAGGUUUUGAUCAGUAAUCUCUAA